GUUAGAGGUAGGAAUCCAAGGUAAACAACAACAGUGGCGAAAAAGAAAUAGUUUUGUUGCUGUUCAGUCUAUCUAAGUUAUUGAUAAAUGAAUGAACGAUAAGAAUAAGUAAAAAUGAAUGUGGAAGUAAUUGGUCGUAUCAGGCCACCUAUAAGAGCCGAAGGACCUGAAAACCUCGUUAUUGAAGGCCACAGGGUAGCUGCACAAAGUAAAGGACCAUUUAUAAAUUUCGCUACACUCCAUAGAAAGGACACAGAUAAUUAUGGUAUUUUUAAGAAUACUAUAGAAGACUCAUUGCUGCACAUGCAUAUGUCAAGAUUUAAUGUUUGUCUGCUGGUGAUAGGAGAGACAGAAUCAGGGAAGUCCUACACUCUAACAGGAGAAGGAUCAUCAAAGACUGGCAUUGUACCUAUGGUCUUAGAUUACCUCUUCUCCAAACUACAGGAUGAUCAGUAUAUGAUGGACACCAGAGUGAGACGACAGAAUCCAACUGUUACCCUACAGAUGUAUGAGGUCUAUAAUGAACUUGUAAAGGAUUUAUUACAAGUUCCAGGUGGAGGUGCUUCUUAUUGUGAUCUGGCAGAAUCAGCAAAUAGAGGAGUGUAUGUCAAGAAUGGAAGUGAGGUUCCACUGAGAGAUUCCAAUGAUGGCAAUGCUAAGUACCGUCAGGGUAUGUCUCGUAGGACCCAGGAAAUGAAUGACUUUGGACCUGCAUCAGCUAACUCUGCUACUAUUAUUUACAUUGACCUCUCCAUGGAAGUUGGAAAUGAUAGAAACAGCAGUAAAUCUCGGUUUACUAUAGUAGAGAUCCCUGGUCUAGAAAAGUUAUCUGAUAAUCCAUCAUACCUUAGACAGAGAGAAACUUCCACUUUAAGUAAAGGACUUAUAGCAUUCAAUUCUGUAAUAACGUCCUUAGCCAGCAACCCAUUUCCUGAUAGAGUUAUCAGUUACAGAGAUUCCAAGUUAACCCAUUUACUGAAGGAAGAAUUAGGUGGAAAUUGUAAAACAACAGCUUUGUUGUGUCUGAAACCUCAAUCAGAUCCCAAUACAUUGUCUCCAAUACUCACAUUUGCAACUAGAGUUGGACAAGUUAAGAACUUUCCAAUUGUAAAUGAUUUAUAUGCACAGAAUUUGAUAACCCAGUACCGGGCCAGGAUAUUAGAGUUACAACAACAGAGUGGUGUAGGACCUUCAACAAUGGACACCAAAGUCUCCAAUCUUAAUGACAUAAAGGAGACCAUCAGGCAGUUAGAAACAGAAAAUAUUCCAUUAAAUUCUCCACAGGUGUUAAAACUCAAGGAUGAUAAUGAAAGGUUGAGAAGUAAAGUAGACCAGUUGCAAUCUAGGUUUGGUAACAUGGCUAGUACUAAAACAGAUCUCUCUCAACAACUUCUCAUGACUGAAGAGGAAAAACUAAAGGUAUCCCAGUCAUUGGUAGAGAUGCAGAUAGAAAAUAACAAGAUCAGAGAGGAAGCUGAGGCUACCAAGUUUGAACUUACAAACAAGAUAUUGAUGUUGGAGAACAGUUUGAUGGAAGCUGAAGCAGAAAGAGAUAAAUUUACUAGGUCAGCUAGAAAUGCCAAAGAGAGGCUCAGUGAAAUGGAAAAGGAUAGAAAAGAUCUGGCUGAUGAAUAUGUUGUCCUGAAAACAAACUAUCUUGCUCUUGUUAGAGAAAGUGAAAAAGAGUCUAAACGUAAUGAGGAAUUGAGCAUUGAGUUAUUGAACUUGGUGAAUGCUAAAGCGACAUUAAUGAAACAAGUUCAAGCUUUAUCAGACAGUGACCAUGGUCUGGGUGAUCCUGAUGCUGAAAUAAGCAGAGUCAAAGCUAUAGUCAUCAAGAACUCUUCUGGAAGGAUCAAGGCUGAUGAAAUAUUAGGAUCACAAGAAAACAGAAAAGAUGUAGAAAAUACUCUGUUUACAAAUAGAAAAAGAUAUGAGAAAGAUAUGGACAAGCUUAAAAGAGAAUAUGGUGACGAACAACAAAGGCUGGAGAGUAGAGUAACAUUGAUGCAAAAGGAAAUACAGGAAUCAAGAAACUUGGCCAGAGAUAGACAAAGAAGAAUUGCUGAAUUAAAUGCUGCCCUUAUAAUUGCAAGAGGUGAGAAGGAACAAUUAGAAGUGUCCAACAACAGAAUGCAUCACAAAGUAAAAGACAUAGGAGAAGAUUACAGGGCAAGGCUCAUCAAAUAUGUGGAGGAUAUUGCUGAAUAUGUAGACAAAGGAUCAGGACCAGAUCCACGACAGUCUGUUCACAUGAGGGAAUAUGUCGAUAAUAUGCUGAAAGAUAUAUCUAAAUCCCACAAAGAAAGAGAAGAACAACUGAGUAUGGCAGCUCAGCAGUACAGAGAAAACAAGAAAGCUUUGUUACACAAAUAUGAGGAAUUAUUAAUACAUUACAGGAAUUUACGACUCCUGAGUGAACAGAGAGGAAUAGAUGAUAUAGACAUGGGACCAGAUGAAACAGAGCUUAAACUUAAUGAAUCAGAGAUAGAUUCUGCCAAUCUAAGGGAGAUAACUCGACUGAAAACGACUAAUAAUGAACUUAGGAAAACACUGGAUAAUAUGAAAAUGAGAUAUGGUGUAAAGGGUGACACAGAUGACUACAAAAUCAGGCCUGGAGAGAAACCAGCAGAGACGUGGGCAGCUCUACGUAAACAGUUACGUGAGUACACACUGAACACUCAACAACAGCUAGAGGAUGAAAGAGCCAAACUGCUCAGUGAGAAUUCUAUGUUGAAGGAACAGCUUAAAGAAAGCCAAGAAUAUAUAGAUCACCAUCUUAUUAGAUAUAAACAGGAAAUUGUCAAAUUAAGAAGACUUCUGGGAUAUGAAGAUGAUGGUGGUGGAGUAGUACACACAGAUCGUAGCUUUAGAAAAGGAAGAAGAAAAUGAUCUCAAAGGGAGACAAUCUCUCUGUCAUGUGCCACAAAUAACAAUUCCAGUGCUAUUUGACAUAUAUUUAACUGUGAUAUUGUAUAAAUGUUAUAUUUAUUUCAAACAAAAACAAAAUUUUGUAUGUUUUUUGUCAGAUUGUAUGUAUAUGCAUUCCGUCCAUAUUAUCUGUGAUAAAAAAAAUAAUUUUAUUGCUAUGAUCAAUGGAAUGAAUAUGUGGAGCAUCAUUUAGAUUUUCAUCAUAUACCAGGAUCAGACUUGUUUCAUAAAGUCUGAAACUUAAAAUGACUUUCACUAUUUUUUGUUACGUUAUUUAUAAUGUAAAGUAGUAGGACUGACACGAUAUGUUCUUAUUCUUAUAAACUUUUCAGUUCUCCAUGUAUGUUAUUGCAAAGGGAUACAUAAAUAGGUGAUUAUGUGUAAAAUGGUCUUAUGAUUUUAAAUGCAACUUAAAGAACAUUUAGACCUAAAAAAAUGUUUUUAUUAUUAUUUAAAAAAACAUUUUGUUACAAAAUUAUACAGGUAUAGAUAUAUAGAAUAAUGAUUCUCAUAAAUUUAAUACAGGUUAUUAUUUGAUUUUAGAUUAUUAUUUAUGAAAACUUUUCUUUCAAGGUUUUUUUUUAAAAAGUGAUAUAUUUUUUUUAUAGACUUUCUUUCACCUUCUCAGAUUUUCAGAACAGUGUUAUAAUUUAGUUCUCCUUUUAAUGUGUGUCAUUCAUUUCAAAAGAGUAUAUUAUUUUGUACAGUUACUUAAUUAUAAAUGUCAAAGAUUAGAUCUUUAUUUUAGGUGCAAUAUGAAUUAGAAUUUCUCAUCAAAUCAUAUAAAUAAAUCCAUUUAUUCCUUCUUUCAAUACUCAAGUCAAUGCUUUCAAUGCAUCGAUAUUUCUUUGAACAAUUCGUUUAAGAUCAUAAACACAUUAUUUAUGUAACAAGAUGUUGACUUUAUAAUCUUUGUUUCUUUUUUUCUAUAAUCCAUUUCAAUCGUAUAUCACAGAAAUUUUUUCUAACUUGAAACUUUCCAUUAAUUUACUGUCAUAUUUGUUAAAAGAAUUAUAUAAUGAAAAGGAAGAAUUGUGUCUGAUCUUAUAACAAUAUCUUAAAACUUAUUAAAAGAUUGCAACAGAUUUUAUAGUAUUUGACAAUAUUAAAAUAUUCUCAUUUUAAAGGCUUUACAAAAAAGAAAGUAUUUCUUCCAUAAAAUGAACUGUUAUUUUCAUAAUGUUAUACAUUUAACAUUGUAGUAGUACCUGUGGAUUAUAUUAAAAAUUUCUACACAAG